AUGGUAGCGGUUGUAUUUUUCGCCCUUUUGGCCACCGCCUUUGCCGGUUUCAACAGUCAACAAUUGGAAGUUCAUUUGAAGAACUGUCAUCAUCCACCAGGUUUUCAUACCGCCGAACUUAGAGACUAUGCUUUGACUCACUCAGAUUCCCUCAGCCCAAUUUUCACAUCUUAUUUGCAACACGGAGUUGCCAACUUUGGCGCUCCAAGUGUUAGCGUUGCUAGCAGCCCAGCUGUUGUUAAAACUGCUGCCGUUGCUGCUCCAGCUGUUGCUUCUUACUCUGUAGGACCAGCCGUUUCUUCUUUUCAAGCUUCUCCAGCUGUUGCUAGCUUUUCUGCUACUCCAGCCGUUGUUAAAACCGCUACCGUUUCCGCUCCAGCCGUAGCUACCUACUCCGCUGGCCCAGCUUACUCUUCCUACUCUGCCUCUCCAGCUGUUACCAGUUUCUCUGCUACUCCAGCCGUCGUUAAAACCGCUAGUGUAUCUGCUCCAGCUUUCAGCACUUAUGCCAGCUCUGCUCCAUCUGUAUCUCUUUCAACCGGAAGUUUGCUCAAAACUGCCUCAUUCAGCUCUCCAGCAUUUACUUCUUACUCUUCUGGACCAGCUUUCUACAACUCUUACUCUUCCCCAGCUUUGUCUUCCUACUCCGCUGGACCAGCCUACUCUUCUUACUCUGCCUCUCCAGCUGUUGCUAGCUUUUCUGCUACUCCAGCCGUCGUUAAAACCGCUACCGUCUCUGCUCCAGCCGUAGCUACCUACUCCGCCGGACCAGCCGUUUCUUCUUUCCAUUCUUCUCCAGCUGUUGCUAGCUUCUCUGCUACUCCAGCCGUCGUCAAAACUGCCACUGUUUCCGCUCCAGCCGUAGCCACCUACUCUGCCGGACCAGCCGUUUCUUCUUUCCACGCUUCUCCAGCUGUUGCUAGCUUCUCUGCUGCUCCAGCCGUCGUUAAAACCGCUACCGUUUCCGCUCCAGCCGUAGCUACUUACUCUGCCGGACCAGCUCUCGCCUCUUACUCUGCCUCUCCAGCUGUUGCCAGCUUCUCUGCUGCUCCAGCCGUCGUCAAAACUGCCACUGUUUCCGCUCCAGCCGUAGCUACUUACUCCGCUGGGCCAGCCUACUCUUCUUACUCUGCCUCUCCAGCUGUUGCUAGCUUCUCUGCUGCUCCAGCCGUCGUUAAAACCGCCACUGUUUCUGCCCCAGCCGUAGCCACCUACUCCGCUGGGCCAGCUUACUCUUCCUACUCUGCCUCUCCAUCUGUUGCUAGCUUCUCUGCUGCUCCAGCCGUCGUCAAAACUGCCACCGUCUCCGCUCCAGCCGUAGCUACCUACUCUGCCGGACCAGCUCUCGCCUCUUACUCUGCUUCCCCAGCUGUUGCCACUUUCUCUGCUGCUCCAGCUGUCGUUAAAACCGCUACCGUUUCCGCUCCAGCCGUAGCUACCUACUCUGCCGGACCAGCCGUUUCUUCUUUCCACGCUUCUCCAGCUGUUGCCAGUUUCUCUGCUGCUCCAGCCUUUGUCAAAACCGCCACUGUUUCUGCCCCAGCUGUAGCCACUUACUCUGCUGGACCAGCCGUUGUCAAAACCGCCACUGUUUCUGCCCCAGCUGUAGCCACUUACUCUGCUGGACCAGCCGUUUCUUCUUUCCAUUCUUCUCCAGCUGUUGCUAGCUUCUCUGCUGCUCCAGCCGUCGUCAAAACUGCCACUGUUUCCGCUCCAGCCGUAGCUACUUACUCCGCUGGGCCAGCCUACUCUUCUUACUCUGCCUCUCCAGCUGUUGCUAGCUUCUCUGCUGCUCCAGCUGUCGUCAAAACCGCCACCGUUUCUGCCCCAGCUGUAGCCACUUACUCUGCUGGACCAGCCGUUUCUUCUUUCCAUUCUUCUCCAGCUGUUGCUAGCUUCUCUGCUACUCCAGCCGUCGUCAAAACUGCCACUGUUUCCGCUCCAGCCGUAGCCACCUACUCUGCCGGACCAGCCGUUUCUUCUUUCCACGCUUCCCCAGCUGUUGCUAGCUUCUCUGCUGCCCCAGCCGUCGUUAAAACCGCCACCGUUUCCGCCCCAGCUGUAGCCACUUACUCUGCCGGACCAGCUCUUGCCACCUACUCUACUGGUGCUGGAUUGGGCUACUCUGCCGGAUCUGGCUUAGGAUACACUGCUGGAUCAGGAUUUGGUUACGGUGCCGGAUCUGGUUUAGGUUAUGCUGCCGCUGCUCCAGGAUACGCUACCUACGCUCAAUCUGCUCCAGUUUUGAGCGCCGGACAAGUUUCUUCUGCCUUGUUAACCACUGGUGUUCAAUCAGCUACUGUCGUCAAACCAGUUGAUCACUAUGCCAAAUACGUCGACUUGCAUCCAAGAUAUGCUUUCGAAUACGGAGUCAAUGACCCACACACCGGUGACAACAAACACCAAUACGAAGAAAGAGACGGAGAUGUUGUUAGAGGACAAUACAGUUUGGUCGAACCAGACGGUUCCAGACGUGUCGUUGAUUACGUUGCUGACUGGGCCACCGGAUUCCAUGCCACCGUAAGGAAAGAAGGCAGCAGCGUCCACCCAGUCAAGAAAUAA